AUGAUCAACAAAGAAUAUCAAACAGUUAACUCGUUGAAAGAAAUUCAAGUUACUAGUUUUGCCAUAUUCGAAUCCCUUUUGAACUUUAUUUCUGGAUCUACACAAUCGAAACGUGGCGGUUGGUCGUUGGUUUCGAAACUGAUGAACAACAAAAGGAUGUUAUCCAAUACAGAGGACAAUAAUGAAUUUGCAAAAGUGGAUGAUGCAUUGCAGUUCUUUGCAUUCAACAUGGGAAACAUCGAUGACUUGCAGAACAAGUUACUAAGAUUGGGGUCAUGCAUUCAAGAUCUUGAAGAAGGACUUGACUCAUUGUUUAGGCGCUUAAUCAAAAUCAGAAUUGUCCUUCUCAACAUUCUUAAUCACUAG